AUGGAAAGUCAAACUUUGAGUAUUAAGAUUAGUACUGGUAUUUAUCGUCAAUUAAAAGAUGAAGUCGGAAAAGGUAAAAUUAGCAAGUUUAUUGAAAAAUUGCCAAAGAUAAAAAUCGCUGAAAAGAAUCCCAAGAAUGAGAGCAAGCUCAAAUGGCAGACUGAAAUAAACAGGAUGACGGAGAGAAUAAUUAAACGCGGAGAUAUUUAUAAAGUAGCUCUUGACCCAGCAGUUGGUCGAGAAAUCAAGAAAACUCAAGUAGUUAUUAAGUCAGAAGGAAAAGAAAGAAAAAUACUAACUGACCAAAUUAGAAGCGUGGACAGGAAAAGGAUUAGGGAAUAUAAAGGCAAAGUUAGUUAUGAAGUUUUGGCUAAACUUGAAAAAGCUUUAUGUAUAGUUUUGGCUUUAAGGAGAGAACUUCAAGAAAUACAUGAUUUGACUCAGAUACCAACUAAGACUUUGCAGGAAGAAUUGAUGAGGAGAAAAGAAAAUAAUUGCUAA